UUGGUGCAGAUUGAAUGGAAUGUCAGAGGUGGCUCCUUGAGAAAUGUUGAUUCUGCUCGUGUAUCAAUUCCUACCAUAAAGUAUGAUGAUUCUAAGAAAUGUUAUGUUUAUCGAACACCACUAGAAGAGACUGAACAAUACUGGAAAGGCUGGUAUGAAGGCCUUUCAGACACAUUUUUGUCAUGUCCUGUUCCUAAGCUGUUGCUGUUGGCUGGAGCAGACAGAUUGGACAGGUCUCUAACAAUUGGUCAAAUGCAAGGGAAGUUUCAAAUGGUGGUUGUCAGACAUACUGGACAUGCUAUACAGGAAGAUGUACCUGAUGAGUUUGCGACUUUGAUAAUCAACUUUAUUUCUCGCAACCGAAUAGGUCCUCAUGGAAUAGAGUUCAACGCCCCAUCUGGUUGCCUUGGAUUAGAUGCUGUAGAGAAUCCCAUGGAUGACGAUUCCGUAGAUUUGGAUUCUGUGGAUUCAGUUAGAAUUUUCAUGGGAUGA